AUGGCAGCGUCUUUGCGUGACUGGCCAACGUUCGUUGGAAGAGUUUAUCACGCUCUUACUCCUAACGGCUGGGCCGAGUUCUCCGACAUGAGCGUCCUUUACGGCUGUGACGACGGGACUCUGACGGAAGACCACGCGCUCAUGAAAUGGGACCGCCUGUUUAUUGAAGCUUGCGACACGCUUGGCAGAGAGCACUCCCCUGGACCAAAGCUGGAGGGCUGGGUGCGACAAGCUCGUUUCAAAAACAUCCGUCACCAUCAUUUCAAGAUCCCCCUCGGACCGUGGGCAAAGAAUCCUCAUAUGAAGGAUCUUGGCUGGCAUAAUCUGGCACAGACGAUGGAAGGGCUCGACGCGUUUACUCUGAAGCUCUUCAUCAGCGUCCUCGGAUGGAAAAGAGAGGAAGUCAUCAACCUUUUGGAACACGUCCGCGAUGAGUUGAUGUCCAACACUUUCCAUGCGUAUCUGAAUUAUCAUGUUGUGUAUGGGCAGAAGGUUUUAGAAAUAUAG